AUGUGCCUUUUAUGCAACAAAGUUUUGAAACCAUCUAAACUGCAAGAUCAUCUGAGAAGAUGCCACCCUGAUAAAACAGAGAACGAUUUGAAAUACUUUCAAACACUCAAAGAUAAAUUUCAGAAGAGACCUACACUGGACAGAAUGUUCGCUUCGACGUCACAAAGAAAUGAUGAUGCAAAAUCUGGAAAACCGCAUACUAUCGGAGAGAAGUUAAUUUUGCCAGCCGUUGAAGAGGUUUUAAAAACUGUUUUACACAAACCUGCAUCUGAUAUCAUUAAAAUAAUUCCCUUAAGCAACAAUACUGUUGAAAGACGUAUUGAUGAAAUGAGUUCUGAUAUUGAAAGCUUCUUAUGUAAUUAUUUGCAAUCGACCCAUUUCUCUAUACAACUGGACGAGUCAACUUUUCCUGAUAAUGCAGCAUUAUUAUUGGCAUAUGUUCGUUUUAUUAUGAAUCAAGAAAUCUACGAAGAACUGCUCUUCGCAAGAACUUUGAUAACCGACACUAAAGGUGAAUCAAUAUUUCAUGUUUUGAAGGAUUACUUCAUAGAAAAAGCAAUUCCUUCAUCAAAUAUAAUAUCCGUAGCUACAGAUGGAGCACCUGCCAUGGGUGGACGUUAUCCUGGAUUUAUAAGCUAUUUAAAACAAAAUGUGUCAGGGGUGUUAGCAAUACAUUGCGUCAUCCAUCGACAACAUUUAGUUGCUAAAAAUUUGAGUGUUAGAUUGCAUGAAUCACUUCAUUUAGUCAUUGAUGCAGUAAACCGAAUCCGAAGCAACGCGUUGAAUACGCGGUUAUUUGCGCAGUUGUGUGAAGAAAAUGACGAACACUUUCAUCAAUUACUCCUUCACACUGAAGUACGCUGGCUGUCGAAAGGCUUAUGUUUGACAAGAUUUUUUGCACUUUUUGAGACUAUUUUAGAAUUUCUGGAUACUAAAGAUUUUGAAUCUAGGUUUGAGGAUAUUUUGACUAUGGUAAUACCACCGUGGAUAAUUAAUCCAUAUGGUGACAUAGAAGAAACGAAUGUCAUAAUACAAGAGGAACUGACUGAACUAAGUACAAACGAAGAACCUAUGGUUCAGUUUAAAAACGGAUAUCAGCAAUUCUGGCUGCAAAACAACAUACCCGUUACUUAUCCCGUAUUAUGGAAUAUAGCGAGGAAAUUUUUAAUUUCCUUUUCAUCGUCAUACCUAGUGGAAAGAGGGUUCAGCGCUGUUACCAAUCUCCUAACGAAAAAGAGAAACAGACUGGACAUCAUUAGCCGAGGAGAUUUAAGAUUAACCCUUACAAAAUUGACGCCAAAUGUUGAUAAUUUAUUAUUAAAGCAUCAGGCAAAUUGGCCGUAUGAAUUCUGUGAAUUUUACCGGAUGAUCCAAUUCUAUCAAAGCAAUAUCGUUGUACUGUUGUCCAACUACGUAGCGUGGAUGAGGAAUCUUACGGUAGAUUCCGUAGUCCAUAGAUUCCAAAGUUUCGGUUUGAAGAGUUGUUGUACCCAAACGAACUAUUUGAACAUCUCCUCUGGAAGAAGUGUAUGUAUGACUGGUACUGUUGAAGGUUUGUUUGAAGCAAUUGUCAUUGUACUCAAGAUAGUUGAAGCUAAAGAUGAGGAGGAUAAAUCCAAAUUUGACGUAGUUGAGGUUAGCUCCAUAGUUGUAGUUGCAGCUGAACUAGUUUCGACCGAGGUAGAUGACGACGUGGGUAAUGUGUAUACACUAGAUUCUGGGGUAGAGAAAAUUGUUGCAGAAGAAGACGAAGAAGUUGAGGUCAAAAGUGUAGUGACAACUGUUGUUUCUUCUUGUAUUUCAUUUGUUGUUUGA